GGGUUCGUCUGAAAGUACUUGGUCUUUUGGUGAGAUCUCGAGUGAGAAGAGUGAUUCAACUGAGGAGACGAUUUUUUGGAGGAUGCCGAGGGGAAAAGUAAAGGAAAAUGGAGCGAGACUGGAUAGGUGGAAGACGAGGGUAAGUGUUAAAAUUGGUAUGGGAUUGAGGAUAAUUAAGAGAUGGAGUCGAUUGAAAUGCUGGGAAGAUUGGAACGGUGCAAAUAGAUGGAUGAUAAGAGUAAAAUUGAAGAUAAAAAAGAGAGGGAGAAAUUUUAGCACGAGUAGCCGUCGUCAUUAUCGUUUCUUUAUGUUUAUGAUAGGCUUCUGCUUCGUAUCAACACUUUUCUUCUACUUUUUUCCUUCAUCUACUUAUACUUCCUCCUCUUUACCUGAUAUCCACACACUAGGUUCAUACAUCCCCAUCCAACCAUUUCUCUCCUCCCCCGUAAACUCCAAAUCCAAAACACAAACAAAGAACCCCGAUCCCAUUAAGUGGCUUCAAGAAAAUUCCAACAACCGUUACGCUAUCACCAACACCCCAAAAACAUGGGCCUCCAAAAUAUCAGAAUGGAAAUCUCCACGUCCCAAAGCGGCGCUUAUUUCGCUCGUCCGCAAUUCCGAACUCGAAGGCAUGUUGCAAUCGAUGCGACAGCUGGAAGCGAGAUGGAAUCACAAAUACAUGUACCCGUGGAUAUUUUUCAACGAUGAACCUUUCUCGCGGGAAUUCAUGGAGAAGACGAGGAAUGCGACGGCGGCGGAAUGUCGCUAUGAGGUUGUGCCGGCGGAGUAUUGGACCAUGCCGGAAUGGGUGGAUGAGGGGAGGUUCAUGAAUAGUCUGGAUUAUUUGGGUACGAUUGGGGUGGGGAAGGGAUGGAUGGUUAGUUAUCAUCAUAUGUGUAGGUGGAAUAGUGGGUUCUUUUUUCGGAUGGGGGUUUUGCAGGGUGUGGAGUGGUAUUGGAGGGUUGAACCGGAUGUUCAUUUCUUUUGCAACAUCAACUACGACAUCUUCCGCUUCAUGCGUGAUAAUAAUCUCAAAUACGGAUUCAACAUGAACAUCCUCGACGACGCACGAUCAUUUCCAUCUCUCUGGACCAAAACCCGUGCUUUCGCAACCGCCAAUCCGCAUCUUCUUCAUCCGGACGCGGAUCUCGAUUGGUUGUUAGAUAAAGGCGAAUACAACAAUUGUCAAUUUUUCUCGAAUUUCGAGAUUGGCUCCCUGGAUUUCUGGCGCGGUGAUCGUCAUCAGAAGUAUUUCGAAUACUUGGAUCGCUCGGGAGGAUUUUAUUAUGAGAGGUGGGGUGAUGCGCCGGUGCAUACGCUUAGUGUAGGGAUGUUUUUGGGGAAGAGCGAAAUGUGGUGGUUUGGGGAUGUGGGAUAUCAGCAUGGGAUUAAUCGCGUGUGUCCAGGGGGGAAGGAUGGCAUGUGUAGUUGUGAGGAAACGAGAGUGGAUGAGGGAUUUUAUAAGUUGGUGCCGUUGGAGAGUCCGCAGAGGAAACCGAGGGAUACGUGUAUUAGGACGUGGCUUGGGGGGGAGUGGGUGAGGAAGAGAGAGGGUUGGGAGAGGGAUGCGGAGAUGCGGAUGGGAGGGGAUGGGUUUGGGGGGUAUGUUUUGGGUGGGGAUGAAAGGGAAGGGAUGAGUGAGGUGUAAAUUGUAGAAUGGAAAGUGCAAAGUGUAAAGUGUGAGGGAGGGAGAUAAAUGUUUUGGGAAUGGUAGAUAGUAUAGUACAGGUGAGAGAUACCGGUAGAUUGAUCGAAAGUGAUACAGUAAUGAGAAGAAUGUAAUGAUUA